AUGCAUCGCGUGCUCUUUCUCUUCCUCUUCUCCUUCAUCCUGGAAGGCAAGGCAGCUCGGCCAGCCCACAAGGCCAAUGAGACCUUGGGCACCUGCUGCUGCUUCCGGCCCGGUACAGGGGAGAAGCGGGUGUACACGGGGAAGACAUGCCCAAAGCGCCCCGACGGGUCCAAGGAUCAGAUGCCCCGUGGCUGUGCUAAGGGAGGGGUCGACACCGACACGCCUUGCCUUACACUUGAAGGCUCGUUAAGCGCUCCAAACGGUGUGCCGCAUCCUGAUGACCUGUACUGUGAGAACUACUUGAUUUUCACGUGCGGCGAACAUGAGAUCAGCAUUCCAGACGAGUGGAGAGAUUGCUACAUUGGGACCAGCAAGCUCCGGAAUGGCGGGGGCCCGGCUGUCGUGAAAUAUCACAAUCCUGUGACGGGCUGGCAGAUCUUGGGCCUGCUGCUCAUCUUCUCGGCCCUCUUCUACAAGUCGUUCAGGGCAAUGAUGGACGGGCCCAGCAAGGAAGAGAAGAAGCCGAUUCUGGCAGAUCCCGAACCUCAGGUUCGUGCUCCGCACUUUCAGGGCGACGCGAUGGACAAGAAAGCGAUUAUUGAGGACAUGAUCGCAGAGAAGAUACAGAAAGUGGAGGAGCUCACCGAAAAGAUUCAGCGCCAUCAGUACCGGCAGCAGCUGGAGCAAGCCGCGAAGGCGAAGCUGGCGAAGCAGAAGGAGCUAGAAAUGGCAGCCGUGCAGCAGGAACGAGCCGCAGCGCGCGCCGAGUCGCUGGCUGCCUUUGAGGCUCGCGUCAGCGCCGCCGAAAAGAAGCGGCGCGCGGCUGAGGCCGAGAUGGUGCGGAAGUUGCGGGAGCAGGAUGCAGAGCAGCAGGAGAAGGCCAAGCAGGCAGGAAUGGCUCCUUGUGUAGGUCUCAGGAAGUCCUCCUCCGCGGUGCUGUCACGGGUGAACGGUGAGGAGGCUUCAUUGGAGGAGCCGCGGCUCGACAAGGGCAGAAUGUGGGGAGAACAUAUGCUGCCCAAAAUCAAUCGUGACUACAUGGUCGAUUCAUCGAAUGAGCCAAGUGGAGCACAGUGGGUUUGUUUCGAACGGAAGCCGAGCUUGAACGCUGUCGCAUACGCGACCGACGUUUGGCGCAGCAUCGACGUCAGAUGGCCGAGAGGAUCGGAGAGGCAGCCCAUGCUCAUCAAGACGACGACGGAUGAGAGCAUGGGGCCCUUUCCCGGGUCACCGAUGCAAGGGGGAUCUCCACUGCCCAGUCCGACGGACAGGCGUGAGUGUGUCUGGAAGGGAGUUCUGCUUUUCCUGGGCUUGAUGUGGAGCGUUUGGAAUGCGAAAGAGCUGAGCCUGUGGGACCUGGUGACCAUGAGGGGGCUGAGACAGAUAGUCUUGAGAUCGAUGAAGAAGGUGGGGUACGUGUUCCUGCUAGGCGGCGUGCAUGAUAUCCUGCAUGAAAUUAAAUCAGAAAUUGAAGCUAAUUCAGUGAAUUCGGAGAAAUUGGAGAGUGAGCCGCCGGAACUGAUCCCGGGGCCCGCUACCCUGGAAUUCCCCUCGGCUGGACAUCAUGCAAGUGAGCGCUCUGCUAAGGACCGCCGCGGGGCCGCCGAGUAUUACGAUCUGGACCCUCCUGAUGAACUCCGGACGGCGCAGUCCCUUCCUGCCCCCCCGAACCCGGUGCGUGCCCGACGUGAUAGAGUUGCUCCAUAUGAGGCUGAUACGCCGCCCUGGGUCGGUGCAUUAGAAGGACGUAUUUUGGCGCAUUUGGAGCCCCUUAAGCAGGACGUCUCGGAUAUUAGUGCCAGACACACUGAAAUGCAUCGUGAACUUGCCCAAAUUGCUUCAGAUUUCAGGGCCCAGGAAAUCCGAGUUGACACGCAUGACGCUGUUAUUCGUGAGCAUACCACCUUGCAUGAGAAUACGGGUCAUCGACUGACGGCAUUGGAACGUGAAGUUCGGGAACUGCGUGCUGCUUCACGGUCCCCCACUCCUAACCGCAACCCUCGUAGUCCUGGCGAUCGCAGUCUCACCCCCCCCCGCGAAAGAGACGUGGAAGAAGAAUUACAGCUCGUCAUUGGUGGCUGGGAGGACUGCAAGAAAGACGAGGCUGUGGAGGAGGCUAAAGCCAUUUUUGAGGCAGUUCAGCUGCCCAAUGUUUGGCAAGAGAUUUGGUCGUCCUAUUCCCGUACUUCGCAUGUGCGGGUAAUUCUCUCAUUCCCUGAGCACUGCAAGAAGCUUCCCCAACAGCGAGCUUUUCAGACUGAGGUUCUAGAGAAACUUAAAAAGCGCAAGUGGUCCAGCAACAUCCCCGGCAAUGAAGGGCGCACCAUUUGGAUUCAGAGGCACCGUAACCCCGAGGACCGUGCUAAAAUUCGAGCUAUCGUAAGCGUCAAAGAGUUCAUCGACCAACUCACUUUCGGCAAUGGCCUUCGUAAAAGGCACGCAGAGAUUGACUGGAGGGGGAAACUUUUCGUCGAUAACACUAACAUCCUCGGUCAUCCCCAACAAGUUGACUUGAAGGACCACGACCUUCCUCUUACUGAUAGCCGUGGCAACCACUCGGGCUGGUUUAUCCAGGCUGAGAAGUUCUCGCGCGCCACAGGACAUCCCCCUGAGACCUGGAACUUGAGGGGCAAAUCCCUUGAUGAUGUUUCGGAUACCUGGGAUCUUCUGGGUGGUGAGGGAAUUCAGUUUUUUGCAUUUCAGGAUGUAUCCCUCCAUCCCAACUUGGAGAAAUACGAGAGGACGGCCACUGGCGCGCAUGCCAGACAACUGGGUCAGGCGAUUGUCAAAGCCCGCUCUAUUGCAAAGAAGGCGACGCAUGGAGGCUAUAUCAUGAGAGCGGGAGGUUUUGCCCUCAGCCUGUAUACCAGUUCUGUGGGUGAAGUCCCCAACGCCGAGCCCUUCCAGGUGGAGGAAGUGCAACGAAUCCUUGACACCACUAAGGUUGUCUUUCUCCCGAAAGUCAAACUCCCUGCUGCACCCAAGGCGAUCCAUCUUCCCUCCAAUGCUCUCUGGGCAACUGUCAGGGCUGCCCGGCGCUCAGCGUUCGAUACCUUGUUGCAUGAGGCGGUGGCCCGUUACCUCUGCCAAAUGGGAGGGCUCAAACAGGGGUCUGCAUAUUCAGCGGAGCUCUUCGCACGUGUGCUCGACUUUUACUUGGCCCCCUUGUUCCGUACCUGGCAGGCUCUUUUUCCUACUUGGAUCAAGGAUAAGCGAGGAGUCUCCCUUCACGCGAUCGUGUAUGCAGACGAUAUGGUGUUGCUAGCCAGCUCCCGAGAGCAUUUGGUUGACAUGAUCAGCCAGGUCAAGCAGACCUUGGCAUCGAUAGGUCUCGAUCCUACACCCCUUAUUGUACCGGGGGCCCGACAAGAGGAACACAUCAAGCACCAACUUUCCUUCCUCUUCCUGGGAGUCUUGGUGAGGAACAUGUUGGACAUUUUGCAAACGAGCUUAGUGACCUCCAUGCUGAAACCGGCCUUUGACCCAUUGUACACCGAAUUCGAUCGUCGACCAAUUCAGAAAGUUGCAGGAUUUCGAGACUUUGACUGGCUGCAGGCCCGGGAUAGAGAGGAUUGGAAGCUUUUCACAGGAGAGUGGAUUGCUCUGCAAUUCCCACACCCCACGGGUUUUUUCGUUGAUCUGUCCAGCGUGGAGCUCUUGGGAAGAUCACUUCUUCAGGCCUGUUGCAGAAUUUCGUCAGACGGUAGUGCACAUAACUAUGAGGGUGGUGGAGGGCUUGCCAUCCUACCGCCUUAUGGGCGCAUCCCCGAAGAUCUGGUCAUGGUGUCGGUUCUAGCGGACGGAAUAAUCACGACGUCCAACAUUGCAGAAGUCUCUCAACUUAGGUUCGUAGCUUUUGGCAAGAUCGGGUCUAACUUUCGAAAGCGUCUCAUGCCGCAGUCUUCCUCUCGAGAGGGCAGCAUGCACUUCCAAGCAGGGGGGGGGCAGGGCGGACCCGAAAUGGAUUCCUGCCCCGCUACGAUACCCCGGUUGCGACCCUUGCUUCAUGGCUCGUCGUGCAGAGGGACGUCUUGGACUUUCACUGUGGAUCUAUCGGCACUUGACACAGACCAGCUGCUUGGCCUCUGGAUUCUGCUGAUUGUGCUGUGCGCGGUGGUCCUCCUUUUCCUUUGCAUGAGUGCAUGUGCAUGUCGCUAUGUAAUUAGAUGCAACCGCACACUUCGAAUUCUUGGAGAGGAAGUUGUUUCCCUUCGCUCUGCAGCAACACGCCUGGACACACCUGUUCUGAUCGAAGGGCCAGGUAUUUUUCCUGAGCGUUUGAUUGAGGAGGUCUCCAAAACGGGGGCUAGACUGUGGAGCAGAUCUAGGGACACGCAGGCCAUGCUGCUCCGUGUCCAAGACAGCUUGGAACACCGCCUACGAGCGGUGAACAGGACUAUGGACAAACUCAUAGACGCAGUCCUAGAUCUGGAGCCUAUGACCGAGUCUCUUCAUGACUCAGUCAACAAGGUUUUUGAUGUGCUGGAUGAUAUUUUCAAGAAGGAGGAAGCAAUCUUUGCGUCGCAUACCUCGCAGUCUAUAGCUGCGUGUGACCGUUUAUGGGUCGCUGUCAAGGAUCAUGUGGAUAAGGCUGAGAAGAGGCACGCAGCAUGCAUGCGCACCUUUCAGGGCCUUCAAGGGAGUGUCACAUCCUUAUUCUCCCAGAAUGUCCAGAUUUUGGGGAGCAUGGAGUCCAAGAUCCUCCCAGUGGUCCAGAGACAUGAAAAACUUCUGGCUAAAGCCAUGUCCGAGCUGAAGAAGAUCAGGCAACUUCUUGCAGAGAAGUCUGGCGAUGGUGGCUCGGAACCUGAAGUUGCCUCCCCAACAUGUACAGAGAAGGAAGCUGAGGAGGUUGUCGCUGCAUUCGUUCGGCCCUUCUUGCCCACUCGGGCUCAGAUGGUGGUGCAUGGGGCCUUGACGUUCUUCGUUUUGCUUCUCUGCAUGCUCCUCUAUAGCCGAUGGGCGCGCUCGCAGGACGAGAAAUAUGUUGGGCUCCUUCGACGCUUGGUGAAGGAAGGCCUCAACGACUCCAUGGACGCCCUCCAGCAAAAGAUGAUGACUGCGAUGGAAGAUCGCCUCGGCGCCCUGGAGAAAAGCAUGGAGGAGAAUGCCCAGGAACUUGGACAGAACCUGGAAGAGCGCCUACGUGAAAAGCUCCCUUUGGUGUGGGGGCCCAGUCUGGACUCGUCGAGGGACAGCACUUGCAAGCAAAUUAAGAAUUCGAUGCAAGAAUGCCUGGAUCUUUUCCAGGGAUCGUUGCAAUCCUGGAUGGUCAGCGAAAUUCAAUCGCGCAGUGACUCCAUUAUUUCGGUCCUCGCCGGACUGCAAGCGGAGAUGACUGCGAUUGGAGACACCAACAGCCAGGAGCACGUGAAGGCAGUGACAGAUGGGUUGCAAGGAAUUCAGAAAGAUGUCCUGGCCACCCUGGAUGCGGUGAAAGAUGGCAAACUCAAUGAUGCCAAUGGGUUUCAAGGGAACACCGCUGGAAUCAAGCAAACCCAGGCGUUGAUCCAGUCUCUUCGCUCGGAAGUCCUGCCCCAGCUGCAGCAGCUGGUUUCCAACGUCGUGCCGCUACAGCAGCUCGACAGGCUGGAAACAGGUGUGGACCAGGCCAACAACAUCGUCUGGGAUCACACCAAUGCGCACAAGUCCCACGACAGCAAGUUGGGUGACCUGGCGGAUGCCAGUGAGAGAGUGCAACAGGUCUUGUUGAAGCUGCAGGGCCAGCUGGACAAGAUCAUUGGGCGUUUGACGCCACCGAUGCCGCAAAAAGCUCCGCCGCCGGCGCUGCCCACGGGACUGGCGGGCAAAGACAAGGAUGAGACGGCGGCGUCCUCGUCUGCGACACCUGCAGCGGCUGCGGCACCUACUCCGCCGCCGCCCCAACCUGAGCCUCCGGUUCUGAACUUGCGCGAAGUACUCCCCUCUCGACAGAACCUAUCGCUUUUUGCGAACUUGCCUCCCAUGCAGGCAUCUCUACCCUUGAGGUGGGGACCUCCUGCCAUGCAAACGGAUCCCCGAGCACAGGAGGCCUUGCAUUAUCUGGUGCAGGCCUUCGGCUUUAAUCCCAUGAACAUGCAGCAGUGA